CACACACACACACAGAGUGAGCUGAGAUCUGUUACAAAAGUAGCCCUGAUGGCGGCGAAUCAGAUGAAGCAGAAGCGGCUGCUGGACUAGCUGAGUCUCCCCCUCUCGCUCUCGCUCUCUCUCUCUCGAUUCCUCUCCCCUUCCCCCUCUCCACCCACAGAUCUCUAUCGCUUUCCUUCUCAUCUCCUCCCAGCCACCCCCAGUGAGCCGCUGCCUGCUUCUGUACGCUCCUGUGGCUUUGCAUAGAAGAAGGAGGAGCGGCUGUUUUGCGUUCCUUGUUGCUUUCUUUAUGCCCCCCAUUCCCUCCCCCAAAAAACUUUAGCAUCGUCACCCGCCGCCGCCGCCGCCGCCGGUAUUCUCUUUUUCUCCGGCACUUGUGGGCAAGGGGCAUCGAUCUUCGAUCAGGAAGAUGGCUGCUGGCUGGUGGCUCUUCCUUAGCUUGACACUUUUCCAGUCCUUGGUGAUCAACCUCUCCGCAGAAGGGCCCUUCCCUUCUGCCACCACGGAAUUGACAAAGGAAAGGAUAAAGCGGUGGGUGGAUAAGAUGCAAGAAGACCUAGUGAGACUGGUGAGAACAGCGAGUGGGGUAGACGAACUUGCUCAAAUAUACGAGCAAAACAGAGACUUGUAUACAGUGGAAGCCAACAAUGCACGGCAGUUGGUGGAAAGCGCAGCGCGGGAAAUCGAAAAACUCCUGAGUAACAGAUCCACAGCUCUGGUGCGCCUCGCUGAAGCAGCAGAAAAAUUUCAGAAAGAACAUCAGUGGCAGGAUGAGUUUGCGACAGAUAUUGUCUACUACAAUGCGAAAGAUGACUUGUACGAAUCCGGAAGAAAUGAGAGUGAAACUGGCAGUCAGAGAAUAAAACCAGUCUUUGAAGAGGAUCCUGUUUUCGGUCGGCAAACAUCCUACCAGCACGCAGCAGUCCAUAUACCAACUGAUAUAUAUGACGGCUCUACAAUUGUAUUGAAUGAACUGAACUGGACAGCAGCCUUAGAUGAAGUCUUUAAAAAGAACAGAGAGGAAGAUCAAACCUUGCUAUGGCAAGUCUUUGGCAGCGCAACUGGCCUCGCCAGGUAUUACCCAGCUUCUCCAUGGGUGGACAAAAGUCAAACACAGAACAAGAUAGAUUUGUAUGAUGUCCGUAGAAGACCAUGGUACAUCCAAGGAGCUGCAUCACCCAAAGACAUGCUCAUUCUAGUUGAUGCGAGUGGUAGUGUCAGUGGAUUGACACUGAAGUUGAUCCGAACGUCCGUCACUGAGAUGUUAGAAACUUUGUCUGAUGAUGAUUUUGUGAAUGUUGUUUCAUUCAAUGAAAAUGCUCAGAAUGUCAGUUGUUUCAACCAUCUUGUACAAGCUAAUGUGAGGAAUAAGAAAAAGUUGAAAGAAGCUGUCAAUAAAAUCCAAGCAAAAGGGAUCACUGAUUACAAAAAAGGUUUCAGUUAUGCCUUUGAACAGCUGCUAAAUCACAGCCACAGUGUCUUCAGAGCUAACUGCAACAAGAUUAUAAUGUUAUUUACUGAUGGUGGUGAAGAAAAAGCACAGGAGAUUUUCAAUAAAUACAACAAGGACAAAAAAGUCCGUGUAUUUACAUUUUCUGUUGGGCAACAUAAUUAUGACAAGGGACCCAUACAGUGGAUGGCCUGCCAAAACAAAGGUUACUAUUAUGAAAUCCCUUCCAUUGGUGCCAUUAGAAUAAACACACAGGAAUACUUGGAUGUUUUGGGGAGACCGAUGGUUCUGGCUGGAAAACAAGCCAAACAAGUCCAGUGGACCAAUGUUUACCUGGACGCACUGGAACUUGGCUUGGUCAUUUCUGGAACUCUUCCUGUCUUCAACUUAACAAAAGACCAAAAUAAUAAGCAGAACCAGCUGAUACUUGGAGUAAUGGGAGUGGAUGUGUCACUCGAAGAAAUUAAAAAACUGACUCCACGGUUUACACUGUGUCCAAAUGGUUAUUAUUUUGCAAUUGACCCCAAUGGUUAUGUGUUACUUCAUCCAAAUCUUCAGCCAAAGCACAUUGGUGUGGGCAUUCCCAAAAUUAGAAAAAGGAGACCCCAUAUCCAGGAAUGGGACACGGACUGCAAUUCUGCAUUUGCCACAGCAGUACCUUCAUGCAUGCUGCCUGGGUUUGAUCCUUCUAAUUCCAUUCCACUGCAUAAUCCCAAAUCUCAGGAGCCGGUGACACUGGAUUUUCUGGAUGCGGAGCUGGAAAAUGACAUUAAAGUUGAGAUUCGGAAAAAAAUGAUAGAUGGAGAAAGUGGAGAUCGGACGUUUAGAACAUUGGUCAAGUCUCAAGAUGAGCGGUACAUUGACAAAGGAAACAGAACAUACACAUGGACAGCUGUGAAUGGGACUGAUUACAGUUUGGCUUUGGUAUUGCCAUCCUACAGCUUUUACUAUAUUAAAGCCACCAUUAAUGAAGCCCUAAUUCAGGCGAAAUUUGCUGAAACUCUGAAGCUAGAUCGCUUUGACGAUUACGGAUACACACUUUUAGCCCCAAGAGAUUACUGUAGUCCCGUGAAAACAACAAACAACAACACUGCAUUUCUUCUGAAUUUCAGUGAAUUUCUUGAUCGAUAUACACCCCAAUACCCUUCAUGUAAUGGUAUGGUUACAAGAGCUUUGCUGGAUGCAGGAUUUACAAGUGAACUUGUUCAGAAUUACUGGAGUAAACAGGACCUUGAGGAAAUUACGGCACGAUUUGUAGCUACUGAUGGAGGAAUCACUAGAGUUUAUCCAAAAAGUGCAGGCGAAUAUUGGACAGAAAAUCCUGAAACUUAUGAACAGAGUUUCUACAAAAGGAGCUUAGAUAAUGAGAACUACAUCUUCACAGCUCCCUUCCUCAACAGAAGUAUCUAUGAAGAUGGCAUUAUGGUAAGCAAGGCUGUGAAAAUUACCGUCAAUGGAAAACUACUGAAACCUGCAGUUGUUGGAGUAAAAAUCAAUGUAACCACCUGGAUGGAAAAUUUCACAAAAAUCACAACAAAAAUUCAGUGCAAAAGUGAACUAUGUGGAUGUGAAAGGAACAGUGAGCAUGUGGACUGUGUUAUCCUUGAUGAUGGGGGAUUUCUCCUGAUGACAAAUCAGGAUGAAUAUUUUUCAGAGAUUGGAAAAUUCUUCGGUGAGAUUGACUCGGGCCUCAUGCGAAAUCUCAUCAAUAUGUCCUUAUAUGCCUUUAACAAGUCUUAUGACUAUCAGUCGGUGUGCGAUCCAGAAGAAGAACCAAAGCAAGGAGCCGGACUCCGCUCUGUCAAUGUGCCUACAAUAGCAGAUAUUUUACAGCUAGGGUGGUGGGCUUCUGCAGCUGCUUGGUCUAUCUUGCAGCAGCUCUUUUUGGGCCUGACAUUUCCACAUUUUCUUGGUGCAGUGGAUAUGGAGGAUGAAGACUUUAGUGCUGCCCCAUCGAAACAGAGCUGCAUUACAGUACAGACACAAUAUUUCUUUGGGAAUGAUGAUAAAUCAUUUAAUGGCAUCCUAGACUGUAUAAACUGUUCUAGACUUUUUCAUGCAGAGAAAAUUUCCAAUACAAAUUUAGUAUUCAUAAUGAGUGACAGCAGGGCGAUGUGCCGCCACUGUGAUGCAACUCCACUGAAGCAAGCAGAGAAGCCGGAUGAAGGGCCUAAUCCCUGUGAAAUGGUUCAACAGCCCAGAUACAGAAAAGGACCAGAUGUCUGCUUUGAUGAUGAUAUUGCCGAUCAGCCUAUAUGCACAACGAGUCGUGCCUCUGCCAUGAUGUCAGCUCCUAUCUUCAUUUUUCUGCAAGUUUUCAUGUGGUGUGGAUGGAAAAUUCAACAGACUGUGGUGGUGUUUCUGGCUUGAGUCCGUCACUCUGGUCCAUGGUAGGAAUUCAGUUUAUCCUCCUCUGGCUGUUAUCUGGAAGCAGACAUUGCCAGUUAUGACCCUUCUAAAACCAAAACCUGCGUAACAAAUCAAGAUCCUGCCAAAAUGUUAGCCCACCAUUUCAUUUGGGAAAAGGGGGUCAGCCUGCUCAGACCACAGAAAAAUGCCAAUGCCCAUUACUUGAUACCUUCUUUGGAAAGACUCCAAAGGCCUCCACCAUGGCUGCAUGUUGGUGUGUCAGAUCUGUAGACGUGUGUGAAUGCUGCAUCAUCUAGGCCAUCAGAACUGAAUUCUCUAUGUGCUUUACUGAGGAAUUGCAGGAUUUUUUGUGCUUGAAGACUUUGGUGUGAAAAGGGCUCCCCUUUCAAAGGUUACAUGGCUUCAGUUCAUUUGUUCUUCAUUUUGAGUUGUUGCACUUUUCAUUCUGUUAAACAAAGGCUUUCUAAGGGUGUGCGAAGCCCUGUCUCUUCCUUAGCCCUCAUAUUUAGAGUACUGAUUUUUUUAAUGCCUGCUUUCAAUAUCAGUUGUGUCCCAAAUGCUAAAGAGACUUCAGUUUUCUCCAGAAUUGUUUUUGACUGGCUAGACCAGGAGUCCCUGCACUUUUGGGACUGAUGGACAUUUGGAGUGCUAAGAAGUAUCGUGGGUGCUGCUGCAAAAGGCCUGCCGGGGGAGGGGGGCAUGGUCUUUCAUGAAAUGGCUGCUGUGGUGGUGUGUUGCUCGCUGAAGGCCGAGGCAUUUCACAGAAGACAAACCAGUGAGGCUAACAGACAAGUAACUCUCACAACACCUGAGCACAGAGCGGCGAUCAGAUCUGAGGGACAACACACAAACCCUUUUAAAUCCACAUAUGCAAGAAUAUCAGCCCCCAGAGUAGGUUUUUUCCAGAAUACAUGCUGCACUGCAGGCACACACAAUCCACACAAUUCACAUUUUCUGUAUAACAGAAUGCAUACCUGGAAUAUCCACCCAUACACAGGAAAGGCACCCAGGUUUCUGCCCUGCUCUUUCUCCUACCAUGAUUCCCUUGCUGACCCACCUAACCCUUGUGAUCAGUCGCAACAACUUCACAUUCAUCCUCCCCUUGCUGCCAGUGCUGGUCCCAGGGUGUCCUUCAUAGACAAGUUUCGGUCAUCACCACCUUAGUUUCCAGAGGCAUUCUGGGAAAAUCAGGGCAGUGGCAGGCAGCAGGCCCUUGGCUUAGCGGGGUGCUCCAGCCUCGAGGUAAUAAUAAUUAAAUACGAAAGAGGCAGGGCAUUGUGGGUGCCUGCGGGCACCAUGUGGAGGACUCCAAGGCUAGCCAUCUUCACUGAUUCACCAGAACUUAAAAUGCCUUAUGACAAAGGAUUUUUUUCCUACCCAAAUGAGCAUAACUGGGCAAUGACUAAGCUUAAGUAGGCUUGUGAAACGAAUGUGGAAAUCUUUAAAUGAAACAAGAUAACGUCUAACUGGAAAAAUUCUUGAGAAUUCCAUGCUUGAGCGGAAAAGUGUUUUUUAUCCCAAACUGGGUACUUGUACCCUACUGCACAUUUGUUAAUGUCCGUUUCAUGACUCAUGUUCUCAGUUAUCUACUGCCAGCCAAGUUCUCCAAAACGUUCAGACGCAAAGUUUGUGAAUAAAAAUGUCUUUGUGAAUAUUGAACGUUGGUUUCCAAGGGUAUUUUGCAUGAUGAUGAAGCUGCUGCUGCUUUGCUGUUUCUUUUAGCUUGGUUUUCUGUUUUCUUUUUUGAUGGUAGAGUAUAGUUUAUUUAAAAGGUACCUGAGUGAUUAUUUUGUUGUGUGAGAAACCAAAUAUUGCAAUGUGAUGCAAUUUAAUCUUAAGUUAUUAUAUUGUUAAACAGAAAUCUGAAUAUACUGUGCAAUGUAAAAGCUGAAAAAGAAUGGUACAUUUAGCAGUCUACAAAUGGGCAGAGAUGGAUUUUAUACAUACAGAAACAUUCACUGAAAAUCUUGUCUACAGGUAUUUUAAGUAAAUGAAAUCAAAUGACAGGCAUUUAUAUUUUAAAGAGUGGGUAUGCUCAGUUUUGUAUUUGAUGGGGGUUUUCCUUUGUUUCCACUAAAAUUAGUUCCUAUCUAUUAGUUAUCUAUUAAGCAGUCAAUCUUACUAUUUUAUAGUAGGAAACAGAAAACUGGAAAAGCUGAAUUUUACUGAAAACAACAAAACCAGAACAAAUGGGGAGCCUUGAAUCUAUAUGUAUGUACAGUGAUACUUGAUUGUGAAUAAUAAAACAUGUUUUUAUACAAAUCUGGUGAUGAAUCAGAUCAAUGAGGUAAAUUAUAUUACAGUAUAGAAUAUUGUAGGCACAGGAUAGAAAACUUUUGUCUCCCCUCAUUUUUCAGAAUUGACCAGUAUUGCAAAACAGCUAAACCAAUGAAUGUGCAACUUUGCUGAUAUUGUAGAAUUCUGCUAAAAGCUGCAAUAUGCAAUUGUUUUCUAUGUGUAAGAGAACCAUUCGUUUAAAUAAUAUAAUUACAUUAAUAAGAAGAAGAAAGCAAAAUGCUACUACUAUCAUUGUGCUGGGAAAUGAUUCAUCGAAUUCUGAGUCCAAACUUGUAUAAUAUUCAUUGGGAAAACAUUGAUAAGCAAUGGCAUUGGAGUAUGUAUAUGAGCUAAAAAUUUGCACAUGGAUUUAAAUUUAUAUUUCUGGUCUGAGUCAUGCCCAGCCCUGAAUUGUUUUCUUCUUCACCAGUAUCCUUGCUUCUAACUUCCUUGUUAAGAUCAGAGUCUUAGACGAACUACUUGAGUAAGGUUCCUGAACCGCGUAUGUAUAAAGUGCAGUGGUUCUAAGCAAAAGAAUCCUUGAGACGGAUUCCACACAAAAUGGGUACCAGUUUAGAAAGAGUAGAAGGAAAAGAACCCAGGAGCAUCACUUUCUGCUUCUGUUGGUGCAGCUUUAUUGCCUUUACUCAGUCAAGAGCCAGGGUGUUUCCCCUCUCCUCAACUAGUAUUCUCCUUAUGAAGAUAAUACCUAUCAGUCUCUGAACUGUGUAUAAUAGGUUUGUGUCUUAAUUUCAAUCACUUAAGACGACCCUUGGCAGGUGAGCACGAUGUUUUAUUAUGUUUGCUCCCAAAGCAAAUAGAGUGAAAUUUCGCUAUUGCCAAGAGCAUAUUCUGGCUGCAGAGUCUUGAUUUAUCUUGUCAGGCAUGGAUCAUGCCCUGGAGAGUCAGAACUAGAACAAGGAGUAAGGGGAAGCAUGGUAUCCUCAGAACUGACAUGCUGGAUUUCCCCAGAUACUUAAGGGAAACUUGACAAGAGCAUGAUGAAGACAUCAAUCUCAGUGCUUAAUUUGCAGCUUAUUAAUAGCAAAAAAGGAAAAAAAAUCCCUUCCUCAUCCUGUGUAGCAGCACAAGAGAACUUCCUGCUACUUCAUCUGCCCCAGUUGGGUACCUUCUUUUCGGUUGAAUAUUAGUUCUGAGCCAAAUGUGAGGGUGUGCUUUUAGUCAGAGGUUUUCCUGAAUUGGGGUUGCAAGCAGGAACUGCAGGUUCUGCCAGUUAAACUGAGGACAUGUGCUGGUUCUGAAUUGGCUUCGAGUUGUUGUCCAGCUGGCUACUCUGUAUUGUUACUAUGUGAUCCCUCAUUGGUCAGGAGCCCCUGCAUUUAAAAGUGGUGGAGAAUGACUUUCCAAGCCCACAGCAAACAUCUUUUUAAAAAGGCAAGAGAGAAAAGCCCUCACAAAGGGCUUUCAGGCUAUGUCACAACACCAGUACAAACAACUAUCCCACCAAAAAUAUUUCCACAUGAGUCUUCAUAGUAGAUAACCAUCAACCAAGUGCUAAGUUACCUUGUGCUAAGUUAUAGUCACUGUGCAACCAAACGGUGUAUAUCAUUUUGCUAAAUGAUGAGAAUUUUAACAAAUUUUGCUUCAGCAUUAGCAUCUUUAGUUUACUGUUGUCAUCCCUUUUCACUAAUUUUAUCAAGAAAUCAGGCACCGUUGCCAGUACUUGCAUUCCGCUCUUUUCUGUGCCACUUUCCCAUCUUCUUCUGACCUGCUUCAUGAUGGUGGUGGUGAUGAUUUACUGGUAUUGCCUCUAAUUGUUUCCUGUUGAGUAUAUGGAAUAUGCCAAUAAAUCUCCAUUUAGCCAGUUCUUAGUUCCCCAAAAGGAUAAAAUUAAUUGCUAGUUUCCUCUCAUUCUUUUUAAAAUUGCAAUUAAUUUGCAAGUUAAACUUAAUUGCAAUUUAGAUUAAUUUGUAAUUUAAAUUAAAUUGGAAUUUAGAUUAAAUUGCAAUUAAUUGGAAUUAAAAAGGGAAAACAUGAGACUAACUAGUAAUUAACUAUCCCCCUUACUAAUAACAGAAACUAAUUAAAGGCCAUUUGAUCAAUAGUGCAAUUACGGCAAAGAACAGGAAACAAUUAGAGGCAAAAGCUUCUAAUUAAAGAUGCAGAAGACAUUGGCUGAAUGGAUGCUUAGUCAUGGAGAUGGGUGUACCAAAUUAUAUAACACCGUAUUGAGUGUUUCAUCAGAUUCUACUUCCAGCUGACAAGAGAAAACCAAUACUUUGGCAGAACUAAAUGGUUCUAGUGCUGAAGCAAUGAUUUUUUUUACCUAAUCAGAAAAGUGGUGCCAAUUCUCCAUUUUGUUUGGAGUACCAUGAUAUAGGCAACAGGCUUGCCGAGUGCAUAAAUGUGUAGUUCAGUCUGGAUCCCUGUAACCCACCAAAGGAUUAUGGGUGUGUCAUGCUGAGGUAAACAUAUCAGCUGAGGGUCACCCCUCAAAGUGAGAGGGAGAGGCUGUGGCAUCAUCAGAUUAUAUAUCUUUGGGAGACUAGUAACCCCUUCCUCUCACCAGAACACCCCAAGAAGCCCAUCUGAGAGGUUGAGACGCAGUUCUUCCUGUGCCAGCUGUAGGGGUGGGGAUGGACAUUGGAGCUGUGACUUUACAACUUGGGAGCCUGGGAUUCGCACGAUCCUAUGGCCAUCUAGAUGCACCCUAACAGCCAUCGGGUUGCUGUAAAUGUCAUUUGCCCUAACCUCGCACAAGAGGUUGGAAGGCUCUCAGAAACACGUAACUGGGAGUGGAAGGUCAAAACAGAAUGGCUGUUGGAUGCUCCUUGUUUCUGUGGUGCAGACUGGAGGGAGUACACAAUUCAGAAAAGUGUCCCCAUAGUUACCGUCUAUUAAAUGGCAUGGAAUAGGGAGCAUAAAGUCCCCAUAUCUGUUCUCCCUGGCAAACAUGUAUGUUUAUCAUGUGACAGCACACCCAAGGGCCUGUCCUUCCAGCAGAAAAGGGGGGAAGACAUUUUAUUAGUAAAACACCUUCCUUGUCAGAGUCAAACCUGUUCCUGCUUGUAACACCAAUUUAGGAUUCAGGUAGUUUCACAUUCUUGAAAGGAAACAGAGCCCAAACCUUGACAUUUGGCUCCAUGUCUUUUCUUCAUAACAUUAAAAUACUGGAUUUUUGCUGGUGGUUUGCACAAAGCUUUUUUCCUUUUAUAGUUGUAUGCAAAUGGAACCCAGUUGUUUAAUGUUUAAACAAUGCACUGUAUGUUGAGUGUGUGUGUACGCACACACGUACCAGGAUUCAAUUUACCAUGACAUUGUAAAUGUCACUCAACUUAUGAAUAGUGAAGGUACCGUUCUUAGAAAUAUUUUCUGUGACAAGGUGAAAUAUCUUGCAAAUUGUACAUGCAGUCUCUCUUUCUCUCUGACAAGACCUGGUUUUAAUUAUUCGUUUUUGCAGUAACUGGCAUGAGAGGCACAAUAUAGUAUACUGUAAAAUAAAAAAUAAAAAAAUUAAAGGUCCUAUGUUUAGCAUAUAUAACAAGCUAUGUUGCUAUUUGAUUUAAAACUCCUAACUGUACUAGCUAUUUUAAUUUUUACAACAACCAUGAAACCCUGCUGGAUUAUCUGACAACCAAGGCAUUAUACUUCUACUGUGUGAAAGACAAAGAAACAGACUGGCAGAUUGAACGGUUGAGCUCCUUUUUCUCCCCAUUGGAACAACCAGCAUUACUGCCAAAACACUAACUGUGGUCCAUAUUUGUAUCAGUUUUUAACAUGACAUAUAUUCCAUGGUUAUGACUGAGGAGAUUUUUAGGUCUUGCACCUUUAAAGAAUUUAGUAUGAUCUCUUUACAUGUUUCUAAUGCUUGAGGCUUUAUUGCUUAAACUUGACAAGAAAAACAGUGUUGCUGCCAUUUGUAAGUUUUCCUAUACUGUUCCUUUUACUGACUUUAAGCACUGGCCUUACUGCACUCAAAUAGGCAGUAUCCCUUUUUUAAGUGACCUUUGCAACCCAAGUGUUACUUGCUGUUUUAAAAGUUCAGUAUCUUUCAAAGGACCUGGAGAAGUUUUUUUCCCUUCCACAUGGGUACUUGGGCUCGGUUUCAGGAUUGUUCAAAGCCCCCCAUCCAGUGCUAUUCGCAUGGAAGGAAACUCUUCAUCUUGAAAGUCUGGGGCUGGGGAGUCACCCCCAGCUAGAUGUAAUGCAGCCUUCUAGUUCCAGCUUUAUCAUCCAUGUGUUUCAUGUAACCUCCCACGUGUAGUAAUCUCCAGGGAUCCCAAUGUGCUAGAAGGCAUACAGGCUGAUGCAUGCAGAAAGGUCUGGCUUGGGCUUCCCCACUGGAGAGGCUGAUCCCAAGCUGUGGAAUGGGGCUAGUCAACUAUAUGUGUGAUAGCAAAUGGAGCCCCUCUCCCCUUCCUUUUAGGGACCCCACAUGAAAGGGGCUGUUGUUUUCCCAGCAGUCAGCACCCACAUCAUGUGGGUACCUCCUGCCAGUGUCUUCCGUCCACUGGAGCUAGCAGAUUUUUGAUGGGCCAAUAUUAUUAUGUUUAAAAGCACUCCAGGAGGUUCACAAUAAUGAAUGCUGUAAAAUGCUGAAGCACAGUAUAAAACUUGCUUAAAGAAAACCCUGACUAUAAAACCAAAGUAAAAAGCAAUGGCAAUGUAAACAUUAAAAACAGAAUAGAUUUAAAACAGAAAAGAACUCAAGAAUAUGCCCAAAGAAAAUCAAAAGGUCUUCUCCUUGUGCUGAAAGGUCCAGAACAUGGGUGCCAGGCAAGUCUUUGGGUGGGGGGUAUCCUAGGAACAGGCUGCAUGCCUGAAAAAGGCCCUCUCCUUGGUAGCCACCUGUUGCCCUUCAUUUAGUGGGGGCCUUUUAAGUCUGAUUUUAGGAUCCAGACAGGUAUUCAUGUGAGGAGCCUGUCCUUUGGCUAACCUGGCCCCCAGCCACUGAAGGCUUUGAAAGUUAAUACCAGCACGUUGAAUUGGGCCUGGAAACAGACUGCAAGUCAGUGGUGAUCACAAAGAACUGACAUAAAAUGUCCAUAUCAGCCAGCCCAAGUUAAUAGUCCUGCUUCUUCUCUUGGACCAGUUGAAGUUUAUCCAGAUAACUAAUCUGAUGGGGAACUUCAGAAAUUGAUUGAUGAAGCUGGCCACAGAGAGUAGCACACUUGUAGCAAAAGCUAUAUUUGAAUGGAGCUUACAUCACUUGUAUAGCUAUUCCUUAGAAAUGUGGAUCAAUGCCACAUGCCCUGCAGAACCCUGCCAAACAAAUCCCAGUUGUUAUAAAACUAUUCUCCAGAGUCCUCUAUUGUAUUUGGGAAUAUCUCCAGAAAAGAGAGGCCACUUAAUCUCAUUCUGAACAUCGGCCAAGUUUCUGGGUUGCUACUUCUUUUUUUUUCAUACCACAUUGUUAAUAUUGUUAAUAUUAGCUGUAGACUAUUGUAAAAAAGGGUUCAAAAAUGUCCGGAGUUUCAGAGUUGGUUCCAGCCUGUUAUCAGCAGCCAGUGUUCUCUAUCUCUGUAUCUGUUCGAAUCGAAGCUCACAUUUGGGAGAAACAGUUUUGCUGAAGAUAAAGUGAUACCAUCUUGUUUAAAUUCUUAUAAUUUACAUCUGAUAAAACUAACAAAACUGCUUACAUUUUCUAGGAUAUCUCAAUCAUGCUUUUUGGACUGUCUGUACUAAGAUGUUCAGUAUAGAUCCCUGCAAACGUAAAGAGAGAAGGGAAAUGCUUUUGAUUGGGCAGAUAGGACUUUUUCUCCCUUUUAUUGUGUUCUAUUGACACUUUUGUGAAUUUGACGAGGCUGAAAUAAGGAAUAAAAGCAAAACAUUUUGUAAAAAUUUGUACUAUACUGUUAUAAAAAUUUAUAAUCCAAAAUUGCUGUGUUUAAUUAUUGUGGAAUAAACAGUAUAUUCAGAAUAAAAGUUUAUCAUUUGAAAUCCA